CUUUGUGUCGGCCUGAACGAAAACUGUGCUUUGACCAUGAAAACUAAAUGACAAGCCCUAGCUACUGCAAUAUUUUAGUGUGUUUGUAGAUGGCCGAUUUGCAAUUUACUGUUGGCAGUGGCUAUAGGACAACAGGUGAGGAGUUGCAGAAGGAAAGUGUCAUGUGCCGACAUACUGACACAGGGAGCCACUGUUUAUGUUCAGUUACCAUGGACAGCUGACAAUAUCGACAUACGAAUAGUGAAAGAUCAUAGCUUACCAGUGCCAUAUUUCUAAGUGAAAAAAAUAAGUUGAUAUAGAUUUUUGGAGUCUUACACAGGUGGUUCUGAAUUAAAAACUGCAUGAUCCAAAGCCAUAAUAGGAAUAAUGGCAAAUUGGAACUGGCAUACAUUUUGUGGGCACUCUGAGAAUUUCACAGCAUGGACUGGCAAUGAUUUUGGUAAUUGCUUUGAGAAGGUGGUCAUAAUAUGUCCAGUGCAUGCACUUCUGGCCAUUGCAAGUACUUUCUACAUUGGACAGAGACAGAAACGAUUUUAUGGGAGUCAGCUUCAUGUUUCGUGGACAUGGUUCUUACUGUUACGAUUCUUGACAGUAUUUCUUUUGUUCCUUGCUCCAGUUUUACAACUGGUAUUUUCAGUAACAUUACUGAAAAACAGUGUAAGUUAUGUUGAUGCUGUUGACACAGGGAUUGUAUCAUUAUCGUGGCUGUUGCAUCUAGUUUUUAUAAGCAACUUGAGAUAUCUUCACAAUGUAAGCUUGCGUGGUCCGUUGAACAUGUUUGUGAUAUUUCUACUAACACUGGUAGCACUGUCUGUGCAUAUACGAACUGUUAUUUUACAGAGUAUGGAACUCUCUUCUAAUCGUGAUCUUUCCGAAGUGUAUACAUGCUUUAUAGUUCUCGGUCUUCAGGUUUUGUAUCUUAUUUCUUUGAUACCUAACAAAAACAGAAUAUACAGAACAGAUUUGUUUACAAGAAAUCUCAAUUAUGAUUCGCCAGAAACAGAAGUUAUAACAUGGGAUCAUAUCCAGUCAUAUAGUGGAGUCGACAGACCUGGAACUGUACUGAUGCAGAGACCAAGAGAAUGUGCAAACUGCUUGACGUUCAUAACAUUCCACUGGGUCCAGCCAAUGAUGAACAAGGGGUCAAAGGGCCAAAUCAACAGUGCAAAUGAUCUCUUUCAAUUACCAAACAGACUGAACACUGAUAAGAUUGACUUUGAGUUCACUGAGUUGUUACAAAGUAGAAGAGAUGUCUUAAAACAGAAAAAUGAUGAAAUUGAAACUCAGAAUCAUUUACCAGUGGAAAAUAUUAACGGAGAAGGUAUUGAUUCAGAAGUUUCAUUUAGAUCUAUGAACAGAGAGAGGGACAUGAACACAAAACAUGACAGUCUUUUAAGGGCCCUGAACUCUGCUUUUGGAGUCCAGUAUUAUUUGUUAGGAAUUUUGAAACUGCUUGCUGAUGGAUUUGGAUUUGCUGGCCCAAUCUUGCUCAACCUAUUGGUUGCAUACAUAGAAAACAAAACAGAAACUAACUUCCAUGGAUAUUUGUAUGCUCUAGGUCUAACUAUAUCAACAUUUCUUGGAACAAUUUGCUCAACCCAGUUUGACUAUAAUUCACAAAUAAUUGGAUUGAAAAUAAGAUGUGCGAUAAUUAGCACAGUGUAUAAGAAAGCGCUUGCUGUGAAUAGUGUCUCGGCAUCACGGUUCAGCACUGGUGAGAUCGUCAACUUCAUGAGUACAGACACGGACAGGAUUGUAAAUUUCUGUCCGAGUUUCCAUGCCUUCUGGAGUCUUCCAUUUCAGAUUGCCGUGUCACUGUACCUUCUUCACCAGCAGGUGGGCUUGGCAUUUCUCGCUGGCUUGGCAUUUGCUCUUAUUCUGGUGCCAAUUAACAGACAGCUUGCUGUGAAAAUUGGUGACCUUAGUCAGAAGAUGAUGCAGCAGAAAGAUUUAAGAGUAAAGGUUAUGGCUGAAGUAUUGGCUGGGAUUCGUGUUGUUAAGUUUUAUGCCUGGGAAGACCACUUUGUUGAGAAAAUAAAUAAGUUACGAGAUGCUGAAUUAAAAAGUCUAAAAGGAAGAAAGUACCUUGAUGCACUUUGUGUUUACUUUUGGGCAACAACUCCAGUGCUGAUAUCCAUAAUUACAUUCACAACCUUCGUCUUGAUGGGGAAUAAACUCACUGCAGCUAAAGUUUUUACCAGCCUGUCUUUGUUUCUGAUGCUCAUAGGACCUCUGAAUGCUUUUCCUUGGGUAAUAAACGGUCUGAUGGAGUCUUGGGUGUCUAUGAAAAGAGUUACGGCAUUCUUUCAGCUGGACAAUCUGGAUUUUGAACAGUAUUACUCACAGUCAACAUCAUACUCUGAUCCUUUGAUUGCUGUGUCAAAUGGAACAUUUUCCUGGCAGCAGCAAGGUGAAGCUAAGAGACCAGAGAGUUUAUCCAGUACACCCAGUCCUCAUCCCAAUACUCUUCAGCUGACCAACAUCUCACUGAAUAUUCAUAUGGGUCAGUUUGUUGGUGUUAUUGGGAAGGUUGGUUCUGGUAAGAGCUCCCUCCUAAGUGCGCUCCUGGCUGAGAUGACCAGGCUGACUGGGAAGGUGUCUGUUGGCUGCCAGGAGUCGGGCUUCGCUCUGGUCGCGCAGGAAGCCUGGAUUCAACAUGACACGAUUAGAAACAACAUCUUGUUCGGCAAGCCAUACAAUGCAGUGAAGUAUGAUUCACUGUUGGAGGCAUGUGCUUUGACUGAUGAUUUGAAGAUGUUACCAGCCGGGGACUGCACUGAAGUAGGUGAGAAUGGGGUCACUCUAAGUGGGGGACAGAAAGCUCGAAUAUCUCUGGCAAGGGCCAUCUAUCAGGACAAAGAGGUCUAUCUUCUGGAUGAUCCACUAGCAGCUGUGGAUGCCCAUGUUGCAAAUCAUCUUUACCACAAGUGCAUCAUGGGAUUGCUUAAAAACAAGACACGAAUCCUUUGCACUCACCACACAAAGUUUCUUUCCAAGGCAGAUCUGAUUUUGGUGAUGGAGGAUGGUAAAAUUGCUAAAGCUGGUCCUCCAGAAGAUAUACUGUCUUCAGUUAUAUUAAACUCUGAAAGUACUGUCCACCGAGGUUCUGUAGCUGAUGUUGAUGAGGAGUCUGUGUGUGUUGACGGUAUAGACAGCAGUGAUAAUCUGGUGGAAGAGGAACGCAAGGAAAAGGGCGUUGUCAACCUCCAUGUCUACAAGUCCUACUGGAAAGCUAUUGGAAUGUGUCUCUCUCCACUGAUCCUGCUUGCUUUGUUUUUCAUGCAAGCUUCACGAAAUAUAAAUGAUUGGUGGUUGUCCUACUGGAUCUCUCACAGUCACCAUGGUAACAGCACCAACACCACCUACAACCAGGAUUUCAUCUUCACCUUUCCCUCUAUACAGACUCCUCAUGGAAUGACUGCCAUUUCCUCAUCGAAUACCACAGAAGAUAGUGACAUAUCUUUCUAUCUCACUGUGUAUGGGUGUUUAGCUGGAGCUAACUCACUGUUCACUCUUAGCAGAGCCUUCCUGUUUGCUUUCGGAGGUAUCUGUGCUGCACAAGUCAUUCACAAGCACCUGCUAUCUUCUGUACUAAAGGCCCCUGUUUCAUUUUUUGACACAACGCCAAUAGGUCGGAUUAUCAACCGAUUCUCCUCCGACCUGUAUGCUGUUGACGAUUCUCUCCCUUUCAUCCUGAACAUCUUCCUGGCACAGGCGUACGGCAUUCUGGGAACUCUCGUUAUCACCUGCUAUGGGCUGCCGUACUUCACCAUUGUAUUAGUACCCCUGUCCCUACUGUAUUACAAGAUCCAGCAUUACUACCGCCACACAUCAAGAGAAAUUAAACGUAUUUCAAGUGUGACCCUGUCUCCUAUCUAUGCUCAUUUUUCUGAGACUCUCACAGGAUUAACAACGAUCAGAGCUUUGAGAGAAUCCAACAGAUUUGCAAAGGAGAAUUUAAAAAGACUUGACAUAAAUCAACGAGCCAUGUUUGCCAACAAGGCAGCUGCAAGGUGGUUGGAUUUCAGACUGCAGAUGCUGGGGGUUCUCAUGGUUACUGGAGUGGCUUUCAUUGCAGUGCUGGAGCACAAUUAUCGUGGUAUUGAUCCAGGUCUUGUAGGACUGGCAAUUUCUUACUCUCUGUCUAUCACCAAUCUGCUGGGUGGAGUUGUGAUGUCAUUCACAGAAACCGAGAAACAGCUUGUUAGUGUGGAGAGGACCCAGGAAUACAUUGAGGAUGUACCCAGUGAACAGUGGGAUGGGAGUAUUUUUGUUCAUCCUCAGUGGCCACAACACGGAAAGGUUUGUUUUCGUGAAGUGAUGAUGAGGUACAGACCAAAUCUACAAAAUGCUUUGGAUGUUGUCAACUUUGAGACUGAGCCAGCUGAGAAGAUAGGAAUUGUGGGAAGAACUGGGUCGGGAAAGUCCAGUUUGUUUUUAGUCUUGUUUCGGAUGGUGGAGAUCCAGUCAGGGGAGAUAAGUCUUGAUGGGGUGAACCUUGCUCAUCUUGACUUGAAGGAUAUCAGGUCACGUCUAGCGGUCAUUCCACAAGAUCCCUUUUUGUUCAGUGGCUCUGUGAGAGAAAACCUGGAUCCUACAAAUCGAUUUCGAGACAGGGAGUUGUGGACUGUUUUAGAGCGAUGUCAUUUAGCAGAAGCCGUGGUACAGCUUGGGGGGCUGGACUCAGAUGUGGCUGAAAAAGGAAAACACUUUUCUGUUGGACAACGACAGCUCCUGUGUCUAGCCAGAGCUCUUCUUACUCAGGCUAAGGUGUUGUGUAUAGAUGAGGCUACAGCUAGUGUGGACCUGGAGACAGACAGUCUGAUUCAGGAGACAAUAAGGGAGGCAUUCAAGGACAGCACAGUGCUGACGAUAGCUCACCGCAUCAACACCAUUCUCGACAGUGACAGAGUGCUCGUCAUGAGCGAAGGUCAGGCUCUGGAGUUUGCUCCUCCUGGGGUUCUCCUUCAGAAGACUAACUCUUUAUUUCACCAGCUUGUGCAUGGGAGAAACUGAAUGCUUGGUCAUUUGCACUGCCAUUUUAUAUCAGAGAAACUGAAUGCUCAGUCAUUUGCACUGCCAUUUUAUAUCAGAGAAACUGAAUGCUCAGUCAUUUGCACUGCCAUUUUAUAUGAGAGAAACUGAAUGCUUGGUCAUUUGCACUGACAUUUUAUAUGGGAGAAACUGAAUGCUAGGUCAUUUGUACUGGCAUUUUAUAUGGGAGAAACUGAAUGCUCAGAUAUUUGCACUGACAUUUUAUAUGAGAGAAACUGAAUGCUUGGUCAUUUGCACUGGAUUCUAUAUAGGGGCACUGACAUUUGGGAGUCUUAAGAGUCCUGUUAUGGAGCAACAGGAAAAUAUAUAAUGUGGUAUGGAAAACAAAAGAGGUGUGAUUGAGGAGGGCCAUGGUCCCUACCAUGACCAUCCCACCCCACCCCGGCUAUGCCAAUGCUUAUUUGUGACAAUCUGUGGGGCCUUGUUUUAUGUUGUUCUAUUGUGUGAAAGUAAAUGUGAUGACUUUUAUAUAAUUAAAUAAGCAUUGAGUAUUCUGA